AUGUUUUCCAUCACAUCUGGCAAUCAAAAUCCCGGUGCAGCUCCAAAUGGGUCCACAGUAGGGAGAUCAAAUCUGCGACCAAACCUUAGACAAAUCGGUGGUGCAGCACCUGCAACAUCAAACGGCAGGGUUGUUGCCCAGAACAACUCGAGCCACGAUGUCAACUCUAUUGCUUCCACACCCAGCUCCUCCUCCAGCAACAUGGUACCAAGACCAUCGCCUGCAAAUUCAAUAUUGACACCUGGCCCACCCAAUGGCUUCAAACCUGGUGAGAUCGGCGAAGCAAAUAGCCACACCCCUGAGGAUGAUGAUGACAAUCACUUUGUCAACACCAACAAAAAAGGCAAGCGUGUAGUGCGACCCGGUGACCAGCCCACUCAGAAUUCAGCUGCCAAACCCACUGCCGGGCCAUCUUUGCUUUCAGAGGCCCAAAAAAGACUCAAGCGCUGA